CACGUACCGGGCGCGGUGACGCAUCGAUGUUGACGUUCAAAUUAUAACAUUGAUCAUAUAUAUAUAUAUAUAUAUAUAUCAUGCGUUAAUAUAUACACACAUGUAUAGGACGCGUCGUUUUCUCACAACAAUUUAUAUAUACUCUUAUACAACACUACUAAUAGCUAAUUAAUACAAAUUUUUGCAUGCAACCUUGAUACGACAUCGUAACAAUAUUUUAUUGAUUUACUUUUUUUCCUUUUAUACGCAAUAUAAAUUAUUGCGCAACAAUUCGCAAUUUUUCGGUAUUGAUUUCAGGCGGAAAUUUAUUUUUAUGAUAAAUGCGAGUGCAUCGACGCCCGGUUUACCAUCCCUAAGAGUUUCUUUGCUAUAAAUUGCAGAUAUAUCGUUUCCGCUGGAUUAAAGACAUUUUCCAUUUUCUUGAAUCUUCUUUUUACCUAUUUUCGGAUGUGACGACGCAUAUCACGAUAACAAUGCGACACGAAUAAGGGACUUAUCUCUGAUUCACUUAUUAUCUUUAUAUUCUCAUCGUUUCCAUUUGACUUAAAAGUCGUUAUGUUUUCGUGCAAUCGUAACUUAUAAUUAUAAUGAAGAAGCAUUGUUUGAAGAAAACAAUCUUUUUAAAUUAUUUUCGGUUCGAAUUUAAAAUACCAUCAAUUUUUUUUCCAAAAACGAUAGUCAACUGUUUGCGAGUUUGAGGAAUAUUGAUUUUUUUUAGUUAAAGCAGCAAAAAAAGAAGAUGACAACCUGGCAAGGAGGUCCGGGAGCAGGAUACCCUCAAGCUCCACCAGGUCCUGGAUUUGUUUUGCCUGACAAUAACGGCCCGUACGGUCAAGGACCACCACCAUCUGGAUAUCCGCCGUACGGUCAAGGUCCUUACGGCCAAGGUCCUUACGGACAAGGUCCUCCCCCCCCAGGUAGCGUUCCAUACGGUCAACCUCAACAGCCAGGCAUGUACGGUGCUCCUUACCAAGGUGCAUCCGGGCAAAUGGACGAUCCAAUGGGAGACGAUGGAAUAAAGGGUUUUGAUUUCUCUGACAAGAGCAUACGACAAGGUUUCAUCAGAAAAGUGUACAUGAUCCUAAUGUGCCAGCUUCUCAUAACAAUGUCAUUGAUAGCUUUAUUCAUGUACCAUGCACCAACCCAAAAAUGGGUUCAGAAAAACACUUGGAUGGUUUGGACGUGUCUCGGAAUAACCAUCGUUCUCCUCAUUUCGAUGGCUUGCUGUUCAAGCGUACGACGAAAAGCACCAAUGAACUAUGUGUUCCUAACUAUUUUCACUCUCGCAGAAGGCGUCCUCUUGGCUUCUAUCUCUUCUGCCUAUCAAGCUGAUGCGGUUUUGAUGGCAGUAGGAAUAACAGCGGUCGUGUGUUUGGGCCUUACGAUAUUUGCGUUCCAAACAAAAUGGGAUUUCACAGCGAUGCAUAGCGUGCUGUUUGUCGCAUUGUUGAUACUCAUGCUCUUUGGGAUAUUGGCGAUUUUCAUACACGGAAAAACGAUGACUUUGAUUUAUGCUUCCUUAGGCGCGUUUGUUUUUUCGAUGUACUUGGUUUACGACACGCAAAUGAUGGUCGGUGGAAAUCACAAGUAUUCCAUAUCGCCGGAAGAGUACAUUUUCGCAGCUCUCAAUCUCUAUCUGGACGUUGUUAACAUUUUCCUUUACAUACUGACCAUUAUUGGAGCGUCCCGAGAUUAAGAACGAAAAAUGCUGUUCUUUUCUUUCUUAAAUUAAAAAUCUGUGAAAGAAAUACUACAAAAAGAAAAUAUUUGCGUCGCUAACUUUAUUUAUUUAAACUCUAGUUCAUCGAUGUUUAUUAAAAAACAACUGGAACCGUAAAAGUAAUAUAUGAGCCAAGGAGCAAAAAUCUUGCGAGUAUUAUGCCUGUAAGGUUUCUUCAACACAAUUUUUCGUUAAACACGACUUCUAUUCCUCUAAAUUCCACUAAUUAGAAGGAAGCCAUUUCAACCGUUGAGUUUUUGCAUUAUUUGUUUCGACAAAUUUUAAACAUUUCUUCGAAAUAGAACAUCGUCGAGAAUCUAUUCUUUCUCAAUAAACAUGUUUUUGACAACAGAUUUUCGAUUUUUUUUUUUUUUUUUUUUUUUUUAACAACACGAGUCAAUGUGAGAAAAGUAAUUCAGCCAAUUAUUGAAAUUGCAAACAAUUAUCGGCUUUGGUGUAAUAAAAGAGGUCAUGUGCUCGUAAAAUUUUGGAAAUCCUCUUUGGAUUAAAAUUUCAAUGAAACAAGAUUAAUUGCUAGAAAUAAGAUGGAAAUAAUGCUAAACACAAAGUCGUUUCCAACGCUAGUCCUCCUAGAUUCGUUGCGUUUUGUCACAUGACGUAACCAUAAAUUUACUACAAGCAACGAAAUGCAAAGCUUUUUCAUUCCGACUGUAAAGCGUACCCACCCUGGACUUGGAGGAUAAAAAUUCAAGUUCGAAAGUAAUAACUAUUCGUUUCUAUGGACGCGCAAAAAUAUGCAAAAAGUUGAAGAAAAACAAAAAAAAACGUAAAACCCGACUGUUCAUUGUUUUCUACCGUGUUUGUCUUUUGCGCGUACGCUAUACUGGAAGUAUUUUCAUAUUUAAAUAGUAUGGUAGAAUUUUUAAUAAUACUGUAAAUUCUUGUUACUCAUUCAAGAAUUAAAAAAUAAUCUUCGAUGUCAAUUAAGUUUUAAUUAAUUAAAUGUACUCAAUUGUUUGUGUAUUGAAUAGUUUAAUUUCGUUGAUUCACUUUCAAUGGAAUAUAAUUUAUUUAAUUGAAUUCAUCGAUCAAUUGACUUUUAAUUGAUUAAUUCUUAAUAAAGAAUUCGCUUUAUUUACAGCCUGCAUUGAACAUUGUAAUUUACGAUGAUAUGACGAAUUGUGAUGGAUGCGCUCUCGAACCGUUCGUUGCAAACACUUUGAUAUGAAUUCUCAUGAAUCGAAGAUUUCGUCAUUCAUAAUGUAUAAGAUUGUAAAAGGAUUAUAUAAAUGGAAAAAAAUAUAUGCAAAGCAAUGCUCGUAUAUGCGAUGAAAGGAAAAAUA